AUGGCCAUUCCCAGGGGACACCCUCCUCCCUCCCCCUGGCCUCCUCUCUUCCUCCUCCUCCUCUUCCUCCUCCUCCUCAUCUCCUCCCCGCUCCCCCUGCAGGCCCGGCCGCUCCUCCUCCACCCGUCCAUCAACGUGGCGGUGGUGUUCAGCGGCUCCAGCUACCAAACUGAGGUCAGAGGUCGCCUCAGCGGGGAGAACUUUGUGGACCUGCCCGUGGUGGUCAGCCCGGUGACCGUGCUGGUCAACGACACCAACCCCCGCGACCUCCUGACGCACCUCUGUGAUACCAUGGCAACAGAGAAACUGCACGGCGUUGUGUUUGAGGACGAUGUGGGCUCGGGUACCGGGGCUCAGGUGGCAGAAGUGGCUCAGAUCCUGGACUUCCUCUCCACUCAGACGUCUCUGCCCAUCGUGGGCAUCAGCGGCGGCUCUGCAGUUGUCAUCCCGUACAAGGCGGAGGGAUCCUCCUUCUUGCAGAUGGGAGCGUCUCUGGAGCAGCAGGUUGUCAGCAUGUUCAAGCUCAUGGAGGAGUACGACUGGGGCGAGUUCGCCGUGAUCACCAGCUUGCUGCCAGGCUACGACACCUUUGUGGAUAUAGUUGAGUCCUACACAGAUACCUCCUACUUCCUCUGGAAACUUCAGGAUGUCUUGUCUCUGGAAAUGUCUGUUGGGGCUAAUGACGCGAAGACCAAGCGCAUGCUGCAGCAGAUGGACUCGCGGGUCGUGCUGGCGUACUGCUCCUAUGAGGAGGCGCAGUACUUGUUUCGCCAGGCAGCUGAGCUGGGUCUGCUGGGGCCGGGAUACAUCUGGAUGAUCCCCAGUCUGGCCGUGGGCAACCCCGACAGCCCUCCACCCGACAGCUUCCCCAUCGGCGUGAUCGGAGUGAUUACGGAGCAGUGGAGGAAGAGCUUGCGGCAGAGGGUGAGGGAGGGCGUCGCCAUUGUGGCGAAAGGCGCCGAGAGCUUCAAGAAACUGUACGGUUUCAUCCCCGAGGGACACGGCGACUGCACCAAACCCUCCAAACACUCCGACAACCACACUUUGUUCAGGCACAUGCUGAACGUGACGUGGGAGAGGAGAGAUCUGUCGUUCAACAACCAAGGCUUCCUCUCCAACCCUUCCAUGGUCAUCGUCGCUCUGGACCGGGAGAGGCUCUGGGACAAGGUGGGAACGUACGCUCGAGGGAUCCUUCAGGUCCGCUACCCGGUCUGGCCUCGGUACGGCAGCUUCCUGGAGCAAGUGUCCGAUGACCGUCACCUGACCGUGGCCACGCUGGAGGAGCAUCCCUUCGUCAUGGUGGAGAACGUGGACCCGGGAACCGGAACCUGCGUCCGCAACACGGUGCCCUGCAGGCGCCAGUCCAACCGCACAGAGAGUAUCAUCGGCCACUCUGAGUCGUACACCAAGCUGUGCUGUAAGGGUUUCUGCAUAGACAUCCUGAAGAAGCUGUCGCGCACCAUCAAGUUCUCCUACGACCUCUACCUGGUCACCAACGGAAAACACGGCAAGAUGGUCCACGGUACUUGGAACGGCAUGAUCGGGGAGGUUGUGUACCGACGAGCUGACAUGGCCAUCGGCUCGCUCACGAUCAACGAGGAGCGUUCGGAGAUCAUCGACUUCUCCGUGCCGUUCGUCGAGACGGGCAUCAGCGUGAUGGUCGCCCGUAGCAACGGGACAGUUUCGCCCUCCGCCUUUCUCGAGCCCUACAGCCCAGCGGUUUGGGUCAUGAUGUUUGUGAUGUGCCUGACCGUGGUGGCGAUCACAGUCUUUGUGUUCGAGUACUUGAGUCCAGUCGGCUACAACCGCAGCCUGAUCAGCGCCAAGUCUCCCGGUGGUCCGACGUUCACCAUCGGGAAGUCGGUGUGGUUGUUGUGGGGCAUCGUCUUCAACAACUCCGUCCCCAUUGAAAACCCAAAAGGGACGACCAGUAAGAUCAUGGUUCUGGUCUGGGCCUUCUUCGCUGUCAUCUUCCUGGCCUCCUACACUGCCAACCUGGCUGCCUUCAUGAUCCAGGAGCAAUACAUCGACACGGUGUCUGGACUCUCGGACAAAAAGUUCCAGAAACCUCACGAGCAUUACCCUCCUUUCCGCUUCGGGACCGUCCCAAACGGCAGCACGGAGAGGAACAUCCGCAGCAACUACCUCGACAUGCACACGCACAUGAUAAAGUACAACCAGAAGGGAGUGGAAGAAGCUCUGGAGAGCCUCAAAACCGGGAAGCUGGACGCUUUCAUCUACGACGCCGCCGUUUUGAACUACAUGGCCGGGAAGGACGAAGGCUGCAAGCUGGUGACCAUCGGCAGCGGGAAAGUGUUCGCCACCACGGGGUACGGCAUCGCUCUGCAGAAGGACUCCCGCUGGAAACGGCCCAUUGACCUGGCGCUGCUGCAGUUCCUGGGAGACGGAGACACCCAGCGCCUGGAGACGGUGUGGCUGUCGGGAAUCUGCCAGAACGAGAAGAACGAGGUGAUGAGCAGCAAGCUGGACAUCGACAACAUGGCGGGCGUCUUCUACAUGCUGCUGGUGGCGAUGGGCCUCAGCCUGCUGGUGUUCGCCUGGGAACACCUGCUUUACUGGAAACUACGACACUCCCUCCACAAGUCGUGCAAACUUGACUUCAUGUUGGCCAUCAGCAGGGGUAUUUACAGUUGUUUCAAGGGAGUCGAGGAACCCGGGCGCUCGUCUGGUUUGGCCAAACCGGACCUGACCUCCAACUACGCUCAAGCAAACAUGCUAAAGAUGCUUCGCACUGCCAAGGACCUGGUCUCCACUGCCAAUGUGGAGACCUCUCUGGACAACGCCACCAAGACCAUCGAGCAGUUGAGCCGUCAUGGCGGCAGCUUGCCUAUUCGUGUCCCACAAGUGGCCACGGAAGCCGUGCCGGGAGGAUUUGCUUACAUCACGGAGAAUCACUGCUCGAUCCCUCAGCGCUCCAUCACUCCACCUCUGUUACCUGCGGCUGUUACCUCUCUGAAGCAGCAGCGGGGUGUGACCAGGCCCACGCCGCUACGCUACACGCUUCCGACGCACUCUUCUUCGUGUCUGUAUGAUCGGCCACUUCCUGUGUCCAGCCUCAGCACCCCUCACUUAGCUGUGGGCGAGCCACUCCCUCAUCAGCACCCGCAUCACUACCAGACCACCGGGAGACUCUACGUUGACGGCCAUCUUCACUCGCCAUUCAUUCCCUACACGGAUCUCCAGCUACCCGACAUCUACGCGUCUCACCCGGUGUCCUCGCCUCAGGCAGGGUUAUCCCGACGGAAACGGAGGUCCAAGAGUUUCCAGUGUGACGACAGAGAUAUGGAGAGGAUCAAACACAGGGACCAGGAGAAGAGCGACAAAAGUCCCGUCUCGCUGAGUGAGCUCAAAGCCAAUCACCUCCAGGAGAACCACAUCUCCGCCCCCAGCGUUGACAACAUCUACCCAGGGGAGGGGAUGUGUCCUCGGGUGGAGAACUACGGCUCCUGGCCUCCGGAGGACCUCAUGCUCAGAGGCAGACGCAGGAACCGCCGCCCCUCGUUCCUCAAAGCGACGUGGGGCAGCGAGCAGAUGCGCCAGCUGGACGAAUCCCAGUCAUCGCUGUCCAGUCAGUCACCGUCCACCGUGCCAGAUCUGUUCCCAUGCAUCAUCACGCCGACCACACCCGCGAAGCCCUACAACCCUGCACACCUUCGAAACAACCUGUGCCUCCCACGGAACCAGGCCUACCUCCACAUACGGGAGGACCAGAGGAGGCCCAAUGGGCGCAAGGGCCAGAGGCUGCGCUACUCCAACUCCACCCACCUCCCCACUUACGGAGAAGCAGUCCGACACGGGACCGGGUUAGGGCGUGGGAUGGUACGCAGAGCCACCAGUUUGCUCAGCAGACAGUACGCCCAGUACCUGAACUCAUACCCCGGACUACCCCUCUACCACGGGCCCCUGGACCUGCAGCACCACAGCCAGGCCUCCAGCAGCCACCCGAGCCCCAGCCCAGUGUGUCAGCUGCUGGCCUGCGGUGGUGGGAGAUGUGGAAGCCAGCGGGCUCUGCUGUACCAGGACAGCGUGUACGGGGCUUAUGGGGUCUAUCAGGGAUCCCAGACUGGAUCGGAGGUCCUGGCGGGUCAGGGAGGACAACCUUCAGGAAGCCCCUGCGUGCUCCGUCCCUGGCGACGGGUUUCCAGUCUGGAGUCUGAGGUUUGACGGAUCUCAUGAGACGGAGACUUUGGAUUAACAGAAGACUGUAGAGAGAUUAGAUUAAUGUAACGAGGGGCCAAGUCAUGACUUGAAGUUUUUGUGGAUUUUCUAUGUGACUUUUGUGGUAAAGAAUAGAAGUUUCAGUCUGGAAACUUACCAGAUGUUUUAGGACAUAUUUGACGUAGACUAAAGUAAUAAAAGGAAACUGCACUGUUACCAAUUUAUCCUUGAAGAAAGCUGUGGAAAGCCGGCGUCGGCAGGUUUUUGCUCACUUGCUACUUUCCUACGACAACGCUUGUGUGUUUCCUCGUGCUUUAAUGUGCACUAAGAUUUACAACAGUCCACGGUGUUGGCGCAUGGUUAAACUAUAACCAGAGUUUUCAUGCUGUGUGUGUGUUGUGUAUAUUUUUUAUCGUGGACGGUUGGGUGGUUCAGCCUUGAGUAGAUGAACUGUUUACAGUAGCCGAGGGGGGAAAAAAGGGAAUCGUCUCUUUAAAAAAAAUACAGCCACCAAAAACAAAGCAGCCAGUGUAGCAGGAUCUGUGAGGAGCAGCAAGAGUUUAACUCCAAAAAAAAAAGAAAGACGUUCAAUAUUGAAAACAUUUUGACUCCAGACGCGCGGGCGAGCGGCAGCAUUUUCUAGAAUGAAAUAAUCAUUUUGAGGCAUCUGUUGAAUAAAUUUCAGGUAACUUCUUCUUUCUUUUUAAAAGAUGUAUAAUGUUUUGGAGCUAAACCCUUCGAGUCUUCAUUUAGUGAUGAGUCAGAGGAGACGCAGAGAACUUUGUUGUGAAAGCAGUCCAUAUGAACACAAAUCUGCAAAAAGUGACGGAGGGUAUCGCGGACAGCACUGACCAGCACUAGGUGUCUUAAACCAUGGGUUUCUUUGUUCCUCACUGGGUCUCAGAACGAGGCCACAGCACAACAUCACACAGGGCCUCAUGAUCAAUUACUUCUGCAUCUAAAUACUAUAUCGAUAUAGAGAAAUUGUGUUAUUUGAGGCUGGUUAGUGUCAUAUUCAUGUAUUCUACAUAUAAUAGUAAUUUAUAGUCACUCUUAAAAAGAUUUUCUAAUCACACUUCUGGCACAUUUUCUUUUUUGUAAAGCUGUUGCUGAUUUACUGGAAUAUUUGUUAUUAUUACUGUAUUAACUCUCAUCAGUUGGCCUAUAUUUAAGAUUUUCAUCACUCUCUCUCUCUCUUUUCCACUCUUUUAUAUUCCCCUCAUCAUCUCUCUUUUCUCCCUCAUCCCCCUCUUAACUGUUACAUGAUCAAAUUUAAAAAUGAGGUAAUUGAAAGCUAUUCUAGUAUCUAUAUUACCCGACUCCCUCACCCUGUAAUUAAUCACUUAGACCAA